AUGUCAACUGAGAAGAGGCCAGGUAGUCCAGAAAAUGCCGUUGAAGGAGAUGACAGUGAAGGAUGGAUAGGUCCCAUGCCUUCAGAGGCUGCUCAGCCAAAGCCUAAAAAACGCAAAGUAUUGGAAUUUGAAUCAUUAUAUCUAGAAAACUUACCAUCUUCUGAAACAUAUGAACGUAGCUACAUGCACAGAGAUAUAAUAACUCAUGUAGUAGUUACAAAAACUCACUUUGUUGUUACUGCCAGUCAAGAUGGACAUCUGAAAUUUUGGAAAAAACAGGAAGAGGGUAUCGAAUUUGUGAAGCAUUUCCGCUGUCACCUAGCUCCAAUCAGUCAUGUUGCAACAAAUAGCACUGGUACCUUACUAUGUACUGCCUCUACUGAGAAGACUGUGAAAGUCUUUGAUGUGGUGAAUUUUGAUAUGAUAAAUAUGAUUUCAAUUGAGUUUGAACCAUAUUGUACAGAAUGGGUACACUCUGCGGGGGACCCAAUAUCAGCAUUGGCUAUAUCAGAAAAAAAUACAAACAAAAUACACAUUUUUGAUGGAACACAAAUCUCUGGAAGUCCAUUACAUACAUUUGAAUCACAUCAAAGUGAGGUAGCCACCAUAAAAUAUAACCCUGUGUUUGAAGUGGCUGUUUCAGUGGACAGAGCUGGCAUUGUGGAAUAUUGGACAGGACCCAAACAUGAAUAUGAGUUCCCGAAAAACGUAAAAUUCACAUCAAAAUUAGAUACAGAUUUGUUUGAUUUUGUCAAAAACAAAACGUAUCCUACAGCUUUAGAUUUCUCUCCCGAUGGUAAGAAGAUGGCAUCUAUAAGUUUAGAUAGAAAGGUGCGUAUCUUCCAUUUCCUGACAGGUAAAUUACAUAAAGUACUAGAUGAAAGCUUACAGCGUUUCCAAGAAUUACAACAUCAGACUCAACAACUGCCAAACAUGGAGUUUGGAAGAAGGAUGGCGACGGAGCGCGAGCUGGAGAAGUCGCAGGCGGCGCAACUCGCGAACAUAGUGUUCGACGUGAGCGGGCACUUCGUGGCGUACGCGACAAUGCUCGGCGUCAAGCUCGUCAACCUCGCCACCAACCGCUGCGUGGCGCUGCUCGCCAAGCCCGAGAACCUGCGCCCGCUGCGCCUCGCGUUGUUCCAGGGUAGAACGAAUCAAUCAAAAGUGGCAACAACAUUGGAGAUGGAAGGCUCGGAAAAUCCUACACUAUUAAAUGUUAAAACGGACCCCACUCUGUUCUGUACCGCCUACAAAAAGAACAGGUUUUAUAUGUUUUCACGUAGAAGUCCCGACGACGUGAAGAGUCCGGACGCUGACCGAGAUAUAUUCAAUGAGAAGCCAUCGAAGGAAGAUAUUAUAUCGGCGACUGAAGGACAAGGCGUGCAGCGGCUGUACGAGCAGGCGGUGCUGCACACGUCGCUGGGGGACGUGCACGUGCGCCUGUUCGGGCAGCACGCGCCGCGCACCGUCGAGAACUUCGGCGGCCUCGCGCGCGCCGGAUACUACAACGGCCACGUCUUCCACCGCGUCAUCAAGGGGUUCAUGGUGCAGACGGGGGACCCCACUGGAACGGGUACAGGCGGAGAGAGUAUAUGGGGAGGAGAGUUCGCGGAUGAGUUCCGACCGAACCUCAAACACGAUCGUCCCUACACCGUCAGUAUGGCCAACGCUGGGCCCAACACCAAUGGCAGUCAAUUUUUCAUCACGCUAGCUCCUACACCAUGGCUAGAUAACAAGCACACAGUGUUCGGACGCGUCGUCCGCGGCAUGGAAGUGGUGCAGAACAUCGGCAACGCAAAGACCAACCCCAAGACAGAUAAGCCAUAUGACGAUAUACGCGUCAUAUCUGUUACCGUUAAA